GUAAAAAAAUAAUUAUUCCCAAUCACAAAGCAAUGAUGUUUGGAAUUGUUUCCUGUUAGCAUUAUUUGCAAUAACUGAAUGGCCAUCCAGUUUUUGGUGCUUUAUUUAGUGUUGACACAUCUUAUGGGUAAGAAGGCACAUUUGACAACAGAUGGCACUGGCAUGAAAGCUAUACAGGCUACAAUGACAAGCAAUGGUGCACUGAUUCACAAUCAAGAAAAACUGUAACAAAUGCCAUCCCAUCAUUGCCUCAGUAUAGGCCUAUGAAUACACACAUGCCCAAGUUUCUUUCCCUUUACCAACUAACAAACAAACAAACAAACAACAACAACAACAACAACAACAACAGCAACAACAACAAUACAAGUCAUUUCUUUCUUUUGAACCUCCCCCCAGCUAUUUCAAAUGUGUGUUUUUGGUCUCAGUCCAACUACUGUACAUGUAAUGGUUGUUGUAUUUUUUUCUUGUGUGCUGUAAAAUCCUGAUUUCAAUAUUGCUUACAUAUUUACCAUAGACAGUAUAUAGAAUAUGAUAUUUAUUGUGUUUAUUUAUAUCAAUUUGUCUCUUGCAGAUUACUUUCACUGUUCAUAAAUAUACAUGGAAGCUUAUGAAAGACAUAAAAGCUUAGGUGAAGAAGACCAUCAGUGUGUACAUGAUAUAUCCAAAACUGUCAUAUUAUGACAAAAGUGUUUACAUUGUGUGGCAAAUGCUUGACAUGUGUUGAUAAGGUUUUAAAUGUAAUGCUUCAUUUUACAGGAGAUAUGAGGCAUUUUGUGUGAGCAAUAUGUGUGUAAAGACACAGGGCUUAACAAAUGUGUGUAAGCAGGUGUUAAGAAAAUAAAUAAAUAACAAAAAAAUAACUUCACAGGAAGGGCUGUUGGCUAGUUUACAUAUGUGAUGAAAGCACACAGACAUGUCCCAACAUGUACAAUAGUAGUUCUUUUUUUCUAGAACCAACCAUUAUUUUCACUCCUUCCUGUGUCUCUCUGAAAUAUGACAUACCCCUGUGGCAUGCAAAGAUAUGUUACGAAUUCUAUACUUAAAAACAGGUAUGCUGACUAACCUGUGACACAACAUUUUAAAGAAAGGAAGGACAGACGGGGUGUGGAAAGGUCUGUGUCUGUAAAAGCCACGCCAUGGAUAGCUGAAAGGAAUCUUAUUCUACUGCAGAAAAGACUACAUUACGUAUUAGCAUAUUGACAGCAAUGGCGGCUCUGGACAACAUGAACGAACUGCAUCAGGAUCUCCCUGAAGCAGCAGAGGCACCAGCAGCUCCAGAGGCACCAGCAGAGGCUCCAGAGGAAGAAGAGACGUCAGAGGAGGUAGAGGAGUCAGAGGCAGGCGUCAGAAUUAUCAGAUGUGAAAGGGGUGGCAGAGGAGGAAGAGGUGGCAGAGGUGGGAGAGGUGGCAGAGGCGGAAGAGGUGGCAGAGGGGGAAGAGGUGGAAGAGGUGGCAGAGGUGGCAAGGUGGUGCCAGAGGAUCCAGAGGCGCCAGUGGAAACAGAGACUUACAGUGUCGGCGAUCUAGUGCCAGUUCCAAUGAAUGGCUGGUUGGAAGCAAGGGAACGUGCUUUGUCCAUUUUCUCUAUCAAGUUGGCAAAACUGGUGUUUGGAAAGAAAGUCCUUGCUGUGUCCUGCCUGCCUGAUGACAAUAUUGAAGGAAGAACACCUCUGGAUGAAGACAAAUUGCAAGCUAUAAUACGCGAAGUUUGUCGGCAGUUUGAGGAUGCAACAGAGAGUGACGUCAGAGCGGCGAUCAAAGUCAAGUGUCAUAAUGAGCAUUACAGAGGAAGGGGAGGAGCCAGAGCCAAUAAAGCAAACUGAGGCUGUGGGGGGGGGGGGGCAUUAGCCUCGGCCAGUUAGCUUCCACCAUCUUUAAAAAUGGUGUCCAACAUGUGCUCGCUUCGGCCCACCUUUGCCCAAUCAAGCUAUUUAGGUACCACAUCAUUGGUGGACACAAAUGUAUGUUGUCUAUAUGGAUUGGUGGAUGAGUUGAGAAUGUCCUGCUGGGAGGAUCAGCAAUCAAACAUAAUUUGAUAGGUGUAUUGACAUUCUUUAAAUUCAGCAUUAUUAUGCAUCAUUUUUCAACUGUAAUAAAAAACACUCCAAUGAACUCAA